UUUGAGUGUGGCUGUUUUAUGUCCCACCCUGUCUGUCGCGUUGAUGACGUGUACUUUUCAUGAGGUAAACAUUCUGCGCCGCCAGAUGAUACGAAGAUAUCAAGGAUGGGGACCCAAGUAAAAGAUGUAGUGAUCAAGUCUGAUGCCCCCAGUGCUCUACUGUUGGACAAGCAUGCAGACUAUAUUGCUGCCUACGGCUCCAAGAAGGAUGACUAUGAGUACACCCUGUCAGAGUAUCUGCGGAUGUCAGGUAUCUACUGGGGCCUGACGGUGAUGGACUUGAUGGGUCAGCUGACCCGGAUGAACCAACAGGAGAUCUCUGACUUCAUCAAGUCCUGUCAGCACGACUGUGGAGGCGUCAGCGCCAGCAUUGGACACGACCCACACGUCCUCUACACGCUCAGUGCUGUACAGAUCCUCUCGUUGUACGAUAAGGUGAACGUGCUGGACGUGGACAAGGUGGUGGAGUACGUCAGAGGACUGCAGCAGGAGGAUGGCUCGUUCUCCGGAGACAAAUGGGGGGAGAUAGACACACGAUUCUCUUUCUGUGCUGUCGCAACACUCGCAUUGCUGGGUAGGCUGGAUGCCAUUAACAUGGACAAGGCUGUGGAGUUUGUUCUGUCCUGUAUGAAUUUUGAUGGAGGGUUUGGCUGCAGACCAGGAUCAGAGUCUCAUGCCGGACAGAUCUACUGUUGUACAGGGUUCCUGUCUAUAGCAGGUCAGUUACACCAGGUGAAUGCUGACCUGCUGGGCUGGUGGCUCUGUGAGAGACAGCUUCCCUCGGGAGGUCUCAACGGACGUCCUGAGAAACUGCCUGAUGUAUGUUACUCGUGGUGGGUGCUGGCCUCCCUGAAGAUCAUUGGUAGAAUCCACUGGAUAGACAAGUCCAAGCUGAGGUCCUUUAUUUUGGCCUGUCAGGAUGAGGAGACGGGGGGCUUUGCUGACCGACCAGGAGACAUGGUGGACCCAUUCCAUACUCUGUUUGGCGUAGCAGGCCUGUCUCUGCUGGGAGAGGGUCAGAUAAAGGACGUCAAUCCUGUUCUCUGUAUGCCUGAAGACGUGUUGGAGAGGCUAGGCUUGCACCCAGACCUCCUCAGCUAGCUCUUCACUCAUCUACACACACCAGGGUCGACCUCUCCACCUCCCCACCCUGUACCUAUCCACCUCCCCACCCUGUACCCCUUCACCUCCCCACCCUGUACCCCUUCACCUCCCCGGGACACAGGGCUCAGGAGACAGGUGGUUUAAGGGGGGACAGACUAGUGUUGUGUAUAGAGGAAGGCAGUAGUUCCUCCCAAGGACAUUUUAAAGGCUUGAUAGUUUGCUGUCCAGUAAAUUGUCACGAAGCAUCACAUCCCUCCACCCUGUACCCCUUCACCUCCACCCUGCACCCCUCCACCUCCCCACCCUGUACCCCUUCUCUCUCUUGGGUCCUGGUCCUCUACACCUCAUGUCCCUACAGCUAUAGUCUUUAACAGGUCAUCUAGCAGUAUGUCAUGACAACGUUUACACGGUCUAAUAUAGCACCCUAUUCCCUAAUAUAGUGCACUCGUUCUGACCAGGGCUGUCUAAUAUAGCACCCUAUUCCCUAAUAUAGUGCACUCGUUCUGACCAGGGCUCAUAGGGGAAAAGGGUGAUCUUUUUGGACACAACCCAGGAAGAACACAUCACUGCUGGUUCUUCACUCCCCUGGUAGUUAAUGUAUUGAUCGUUCACUCCCCUGGUAGUUAAUGUAUUGAUCGUUCACUCCCCUGGUAGUUAAUGUAUUGAUCGUUCACUCCCCUGGUAGUUAAUGUAUUGAUCGUUCACUCCCCUGGUAGUUAAUGUAUUGAUCGUUCACUCCCCUGGUAGUUAAUGUAUUGAUCGUUCACUCCCCUGGUAGUUAAUGUAUUGAUUGUUCUCUCCCCUGGUAGUUAAUGUAUUGAUUGUUCUCUCCCCUGGUAGUUAAUGUAUUGAUCGUUCACUCCCCUGGUAGUUAAUGUAUUGAUCGUUCACUCCCCUGGUAGUUAAUGUAUUGAUCGUUCACUCCCCUGGUUAGAGGGGAACCAGCAGUGUUGAGGAUCUUCUGCACUUCUUUACAAGACCAACCAAUAAUCCCUGUCUUUUGUGAUGCUAGCAACUGGAGCUACUUACAGCUGGGAACUCACUGACCACAAACCUUGUGUUGGGUUGGAUUGUUUUCUUAAUAUACAGGUAGAACUGCCAAAAUAAAGGAACCGCUAUACUUGAAGGCAGGUGCAUCCACACAGGUGUGGUUCCUGAGUUAAUUAAGCAAUUAACAUCCCAUCAUGCUUAGGGUCAUGUAUAAAAAUGUCCCAGUUGCCCAUUAUUUUGGCUACCAUGUCUAGAAAAAGAGAUGUCCAGUGGCUUAGAAAGAGAGGUCUGAAAGGACCAUAGGGGGUUUGAAGGCUGUGUGUGUCAGUCAGUCAACAGAUGUCAGGCCGAGAUCCUGCGUUUUCUGCAUCAACAAAACACCAAAUGAUGUCAUUUAUCGUGGAAGAAUGGUGUCUCAUUCCUCCAAUAGAGUUCCAGACUCUAUUAGAAUCUAUGACGAGGUGCAUUGAACCUGUUCUGAUUGGUGGAGGCCCAACGCCCUAUUAGGACACUUGAUGUUUGUGUUUAUACUUUAUUUUGGCAGUUACCUGCAUAUUGUAAUGAAUUCAGGUGACUAUGCAGCUGCGGGGUUAUAUAGGCCUGUGUAGGUUUAGUGAUUUGGAUAAUCUAAUCCUGUGUAGGGUUGGUGAUUGGGAUAAUCUAAUCCUGUGAAGGGUUGGGAUAAUCUAAUCCUGUGUAGGGUUGGGAUAAUCUAAUCCUGUGAAGGGUUGGGAUAAUCUAAUCCUGUGUAGGGUUGGGAUAAUCUAAUCCUGUGUAGGGUUGGGAUAAUCUAAUCCUGUGUAGGGUUGGGAUAAUCUAAUCCUGUGUAGGGUUGGGAUAAUCUAAUCCUGUGUAGGGUUGGGAUAAUCUAAUCCUGUGUAGGGUUGGGAUAAUCUAAUCCUGUGUAGGGUUGGGAUAAUCUAAUCCUGUGUAGGGUUGGGAUAAUCUAAUCCUGUGUAGGGUUGGGAUAAUCUAAU